AUAUUGCGUUGCCCUCAAUGUAUUUGUUUUGAGAUCUUCAUGAGCUCAGUUUCGUAUUUUCUAAAUUGUUUAGCCUGACUUGUUAGUGUGUUGUUAACACUACCCAUCUUAUUUAGCCCCCCCCCUUCUUUUCUUGUCCUUUAAUAAAAUUCUUCCCCAUAAGAGAACACAUGUUUUUCAACAUAGUUAAGUAUUUGUACUAAGUUUGAUUAAAUUGAAGCCUUUGUUUUCUUGGGUCCAUUUACAUAAAAUCCAAGAUUCGAAUAUUUUGUGUGCCUACCCUUUUAAAUAAUCAACUUCUUUAUUGAUCUACCAAAUUGAGUGCAAGAGUGUAAUGGGGGUGGCAUUAUAUACCAGCACUUGUAAUUGUUCUACUGUAAAAUCAAUUUCUUUUAUUGAAGCAUUUCUACGAAACACGACGAACAUGUCACAUUUUUCCGCGGAUGUUUCAUUGUUUUUGUAUGGGUGUGAUGGAGAUGACAAAUGGUGAUGAAUUAUUCUGGAUAGAAUUGAUUCAUCUUUGCAAUAGUGUUGCCGGAGAUAAUCAUGAUGUUGAUGCCGGAACAGUUUUGUGGUUCAAUGACUUCGGUGUUGAUGGUGGGCCUGCAGCAAAGGAAAUAGCUCCUAAACUAGUUGUUAUCCAGAAAUUUCUAACCUCUAAGUUUGGGAAAGAGGGACUGAAUAUUGAUGUCAAGCAUUGGGUUGCGGCCUCUAUUGCUUUCAAAGGGCUUGGUGGCCUUCUAUUUGUAUUUGGCAGCUCCAUUGGGGCUUAUCUACUGCUUUACUACUUGGCGUAUACCACUCCACUUCUGCAUGACUUCUAUAACUACAAAUAUGAUGAGCCACAAUUUUUUGUACUCUUGCAAGAGUUCCUGCAGUGCAUGGCACUUUUUGGUGCAUUGCUUUUUUUCCUUGGGAUGAAGAACUCAAUUCAAAGGAAACAAGCCAAAAGGAAGACUGUCAAAGCAAAGACGUCUUAG